AUGGAGUUGAUCGAUCUCGAGGACGAAAAUAUCGAUGCCGAGGUGCUGAAUUCACUGGCGGUGACCAUGGAGAACUUUAGAUUCGCAAUGGGCAAGAGCAGUCCGUCAGCGCUGCGCGAGACGACGGUGGAGACGCCGAACGUGACGUGGGCGGAUAUCGGUGGUUUGCAGAAUGUGAAGAGGGAGCUGCAGGAGCUGGUGCAGUAUCCAGUCGAGCAUCCGGACAAAUAUCUCAAAUUCGGCAUGCAGCCGUCUCGCGGAGUGCUCUUCUACGGCCCUCCCGGCUGCGGCAAGACCCUGCUGGCGAAGGCGAUCGCGCACGAGUGCCAGGCCAACUUCAUCUCCAUCAAAGGACCCGAACUGCUCACCAUGUGGUUCGGCGAGUCCGAGGCGAACGUCAGGGACGUGUUCGAUAAGGCACGCUCGGCAGCGCCAUGCGUGCUGUUCUUCGACGAGCUGGAUUCAGUGGCGAAGUCGCGUGGCGGUAGCGUGGGCGAUGGGGGCGGGGCUGCGGACAGGGUUAUCAAUCAGAUAUUGACGGAGAUGGACGGCAUGUCGAACAAGAAGAACGUGUUCAUCAUUGGGGCGACGAACAGGCCGGAUAUAAUCGAUUCGGCGAUACUCCGUCCAGGCCGUCUGGAUCAAUUGAUUUACAUUCCGCUGCCGGAUGAGUCGAGUCGCUUGCAGAUAUUCAAGGCGAAUCUGCGUAAAACACCUGUUGCAUCGGAUGUGGAUCUGCUGUACCUGGCAAAGAGUACAAUUGGCUUUUCGGGUGCAGACAUAACAGAGAUAUGUCAGAGAGCGUGUAAAUUGGCGAUCAGAGAAUCGAUAGAAAAGGAAAUACGACACGAAAAGGAGAGACAGGAGAGACGCAAGAAAGGCGAGGAACUCAUGGAGGAUACCAGUUACGAUCCGGUGCCGGAUAUUACGAAGGCGCAUUUCGAGGAGGCGAUGAAGUAUGCUAGAAGAUCGGUAUCGGAUAACGAUAUACGUAAGUAUGAGAUGUUUGCGCAGACACUGCAACAGCAACGUGGAUUUGGAACGAACUUUAAAUUCCCAAAUCAAGGAGCAACAGGUCAAGGGUCAGGAAAUCAGCCGUCGAUGCCUCCAGCAGGUUCAGGAGGAAAUAAUGACGAUGAUGAUCUUUAUAGUUAA